AUGCCUUUACCCAAGGAGAAUGCCAAGCUCAGGACUGAGUGGAGGCGCGGGUGAAGCGCGUGUUGGGAUGAGAGGGCGAGUAAGAGGCUGAGGGGGAAGCAGCGGCUUCGGGGGCGCUGAGUGUACCUUAUGGCCAGUGUACCUUAUGGCCAGGCUUUGAGAAUUGGAUUACCACUUCCUCCCGGACUUUCCACGAUUUUCCUUUUCCUAGCCGCCCAGCCAGUAGUGAAUCACCACCCCUUGCUACAUGGGCGCUAGGCUGUGCUCAGUUUGGUGAUGUAUCGCUGCCCUUAGAGCAGGCUUAUUUGUCCUUUCCCUGUAAGGUGAUAUGCAUACUCUGCAUCCCCUAUGGCGUUGUCUCCUCCCAGGGGACCAAGGGUGUGGUAAAGGCGGUCGGAUAAUGGCUAGCAAGUUAAUAGUCUUUGAGGAGCUGUGACGGAUGAGUGGGCAACUUUGAACGGGGCCCAAGUGUUACUGCUCUAACCGAAUUCACUUGCUUAAGGGACCUCUGUUUCUCCCUUCUCUUGUCCUCUGGUUCUUUUUUUUUUUUUUUUUAAUGCUGUACCAAAGUGUUUCCUUCUCUUAACAAACCAACAUAUGGGUAUUAUUUAAUGUGAAAUACAUUCCAAGAGCCAAAUGAACCUUUAAAAAUGCCACUUGGUUGGUGAGGCAGGAGUACCUAAGGCUCACGGUAGGAAGGAUGCAGUAGGGCACAGAGGCCUGCACUCUAUAUAAAUGGCUUGAAGGGGGAAACCAAAUAUUUUUCACUGGCUUCUCUAGACUUGACACAUCUGAAGUGAGAUCAGAGUGGAGUGGGAGAAACCCAGCUGUCCGGGGUGAGGGCAUGUGGAUGGCAACAUGAAGGGGAAAGCCUCUGAAUUUGGAAGAUGAUUCUCAGUUGGAAUGUAUCGGCUGUGUGUGUGUGUGUUGGAGGUGGAGGUUGCUGUUGGGGGAAAUUUGAUGUCAGAAGUUCAGCCGGGCCCCAAAGAGAGUAAGAUGGCAGCAGAGUGAACUAAAGUCAUAAACGGGAAGUCCGGCUACCCUUUACUUUACAGAAAGGAAAACAUAGAUGGCCUUCAAAAAUGACUAGGAUUAAGGGAAUGAAUGGAAACAAAUUAGACUGAGAAGAACCAGCUGACGCGGCUCAGUUGCAGUGAUGAGGGUGACCUCACUGUAGGUUAUGUGACUAAGGCUGAUGGAGUUGCCUCACAUUUCCUCUUCUCCACCCAGAAAAGCUCUUUGGAUUUCCUCAGAAUCUAGAUGUUUGCCUAAUUUCUAGUGUCCAGUUAAGGGAGAGAGAAAGGGUAAAAGUUAGUUACAAAGAGGAUAAAUUAAGACAAGGAAGAUACUGUCUGCUCAUGUAGAGUGAAAAUUUAAAAAGCUGCAGUGCCAUUAAGAUGUCUAGAGCUUGAGCCUGUGGCAGUGCAAUUUGGGCUUUUCCUUGUAUCUAAGAUCCUACUUCUUUUUUUUGCCCCUUAACAGGUUUCUUAGUACCACACACUAUGGAGUGUUAAUGUAAUCAACAAAGGCAUCCCUGGUCACCUCCCUUGUCGUGUUCUUCCCGGAUGGAACAAGAAGACAAACAGGGCUUGUGUGAAGCCCAGGACUCAGCAGACACAGGGAUGGGCUCCGAUUUUGAGAACUUGGAAGACAGGGAAGAGGACCCAGAAGAAAGCGGAACAGGCUCUAAUCCACAGGACGCAGACAAGAGAGAAGGCCACCCAGAGCAGGAGAUGGCCUCCAGCCCAGAGGAUGAAGCUCUAAGAGAGGACUCAGAGGAGAGGGAACUAGUGUCUGACAUCUGCACAGACGGGCUGCUGAGUGAGGAAGAAGGGGCUCUCCCCGAGGAAGAGGAUGACCAACCUGGCGUAGCUGAGAUGGCGAUGUUCCCAGGACUGUCCGAGUCCGACAGCAUAUCCCGGAGCCCCCCUGAAGAGGAGGAGGAGAGUGCUGGGGACAACCGGCUAGAGGAGGAAGCAGCGCAGCCGUCCCCUGCCGUGCUUCCUUGGAGGCGGCAUCUGUCUCUGGGCACUCGGCACCGGGGCGACAAGCCCGUGCACCGCCGCUUUCGCCGGCUGCACCACCCCAUGGCCGUGGACCUCGGGGAGCUCGACAGCCUGAUGGCCAGCAUCAUGGACGCGCCCACCAUCUGCCCCGACUGCGGGGAGAGCUUCAGCCCGGGCGCCGCAUUCCUGCAGCACCAGCGCAUUCACUGUCUGGCGGAGGCGGCCGCCGCGGCCAGCCUGGAGACCUUUGGGUUCGCGGGCGACUGCGGCGCGGUGGUGGGCAUGAUGGGCGUGGGCGUGGCGGGGGGCUUCGGGGCGGGGCCUGCGCUGGCCCGGCCCCCGCGCGAGAAGCCCUUCCGCUGCGGGGAGUGCGGCAAGGGCUUCAGCCGCAACACCUACCUGACCAACCACCUGCGCCUGCACACGGGCGAGCGGCCCAACCUGUGCGCCGACUGCGGCAAGAGCUUCAGCUGGCGCGCCGACCUGCUCAAGCACCGGCGCCUGCACACGGGCGAGAAGCCCUACCCGUGCCCCGAGUGCGGCGAGGCCUUCAGCCUCAGCUCGCACCUACUGAGCCACCGGCGCGCGCACGCGGCGGCCAGCGGCGCGGGGGCGGCGGCGCUGCGGCCCUUCGCCUGCGGCGAGUGCGGCAAGGGCUUCGUGCGCCGCUCGCACCUGGCCAACCACCAGCGCAUCCACACCGGCGAGAAGCCGCACGGCUGCGGCGAGUGCGGCAAGCGCUUCAGCUGGCGCUCGGACCUGGUGAAGCACCAGCGGGUACACACGGGCGAGAAGCCCUACAUGUGCUCCGAGUGCGGCGAGACCUUCAGUGUCAGCUCGCACCUCUUCACGCACAAGCGCACGCACUCGGGCGAGCGGCCCUACGUGUGCCGCGAGUGCGGCAAGGGCUUCGGGCGCAACUCGCACCUCGUGAACCACUUGCGGGUGCACACGGGCGAGAAGCCCUUCCGCUGCGGCCAGUGCGAGAAGCGCUUCAGCGACUUCUCCACGCUCACGCAGCACCAGCGCACGCACACGGGCGAGAAGCCCUACACAUGCAUCGAGUGUGGCAAGAGCUUCAUCCAGAGCUCGCACCUCAUCCGCCACCGCCGCAUCCACACCGGCAACAAGCCGCACAAAUGCGCCGGCUGUGGCAAGGGCUUCCGCUACAAAACGCACCUCGCGCAGCACCAGAAGCUGCACUUGUGCUAGGGCUGGGCCCGAGGGUUCUGCCCUCUUAGGAGCAUGUGGGGAGUAGAUGUCUUGGGGACAAACUAUGGAGACGGGGAAGGGGCGGGAGGGACAAUCUGAGAGUGAUUGGGGAGCCUUUUGGUAUUAGGGGGUCUUGAAGGGGAGGGUUGAGUCGGAGGAGUUCUUUUGGGGUGCUGUAUUUCGCCUGCCGCCUCCUCAAUGAAAAAACAUUUGGGAGAUGUGCUUGAGCGUGGUGAGUUCUUCAAAUACACGGCAGAGGGGUGAGGGGCAUGGAGGAGCAGACACUUUGAGGACCUUGAGGAAGGGGCUUUAGUGGGGAGGGUAGGGGACAAGAUGUCAGGCAAUAGAGUAGGUUGGGCUGCGAUGGCCUGUGGGAAUCAGAGGAGAGGUGUGGCUGGAGUAAGGGUUAUGGGGUAAGAUAAAAAGUCAGUAUGAAUACUCUUAUCCUGGUCCCACCAGGUGUUAAGCCACUGUUGGCUCUAUCCCCCCCACAUCGGCUAUAGUCCUGCUAAAGUAAGGGAACCUUGUCAAUCCGAUAGGAGAGGACAUUUUGCAUACUCUUCCCUUCUUUUCUCUGAGCCAUAGAUAGCUACUAUUUUGAGGCAUCCAGGGGAGACUGGGCAGAAGAGCGACACCCCCUCAUUUCUAGGGCAUUUCUAAACUUCUGAAGUUUAGAAGUUCAUUCAUAACUGCUUCUCAGAUCUCCUGGGAAAUCCUCGUCCUGCUCAUGGUCUUUUGCUACUUUCUAUAAAACACUCUAGCUUCGGGCUGGGUCAAGGUGGUCUCUGUGGAUGACCAUCCCCCUGCCCCCGGUGUCAGGUGUGUGCCAGGCCCCGUAUUUCUUUCAGGUCUCCCUUGUGAUCUUUUAAGUGCAGGGAAAUGGGACAAUCCCAGCUGUGUGUGGCUUUCCCUUUCCCAGGUCAGCUUGAUGUUUGUUUCAAAUGAACCUGACACCAUGAGCAGUUGCCCCAGUGACCCGCUGCAAAAGUCAGCUAGCUCGGUGUUUCGCUGGCCUUAUGUGAAAAUCCAGGAAAGCAAAUGUUGACACGUUGGGGUGCAAAGCUCCUUUGUCUCAUUUGCCUUCACUGCAGAUCUGUGUACCCCUCCCCCUCUGUAGUAAUGGACGAGAUAAUUGAACUCCCACCUCCAUCCAUAUCCAGAUGGGCUCCAGUCUGAGUAGAAUUUCUUUUUCUCAUAUAGGGAGUCACAGUAGAAAGCUCAAGGCUUACACAAGGAAGGUACAAGCAAGGAGAGGUGUAAAUGCAAAAUUGCCAAAUAGCACAAGCAAUGAAUGUUUUCUGGUGGUUAUAUAAAUGCCAAAAUAGCACUUUUAUAUUUGCAAAGUGCUUUAUGCUUUUUAAUGAUUGUUAGUUGUUUCUCACAUCUUUGUGAGGUGGAUCAGUAUUAUGAACCCUGUCUUAGGGGAGGCCUGGGGACAGGGGUGUGGCAGGCUGUUCUGAAGAGAGGUGAUGACGGUGUGGAGCGGUGUGGUCUGACCUUUUGUGCUCUCCAGCUCAGCUGCUAGGAAGAUUUACCUGUUAUGAUUUAUAUAGUAAAAUAAGGACACUGAAAAUUUUUAUGCUUGAUGGAAAACUUAAGGCUAGUCUAGAAGGGCCAAAGAUGUCCUUGUUGACAAAGCUGGUCUUUGUCAUGUAAUUAGAGUGUCCUGAAUAUGUUCCAUUUCUCGUAGGGGGCUGUAGUUAGAUGACUCUUGUAUAGAUUUCAGUUACUUGUGCUGAAAAUCCUUCCCUAGGUUAGCCUUUAGGAGUUAGAGUUGUGGAAAGCAGUACUAUUUUCUUCACUAGCGUUUGUUUUCCUGUACUUUCCAUGGAAGCAUCUUCACAAGCUGUUGGACACACUUGAAGGAAAAAAAAAACUACAAGCUUGUUUUUACAGUUUUAGCAAACUUUCUGUGGAUGCUGGUAAUUUAUACUUGAUCACUUAGUUGUAUUCUAGCAAAGAACCUCUUUGGGGACUGUAGGAAAGCAUGUUUUUGUUGUUAUAAAAACACUUUUGAAAAAAAUCCUGAGAAUUUGGGGCUUAUAUAAUGCCUGUUGAUCUUGCCCUCUUAAUCAGUUAUUGUUACUCACAAAUCAAAUAGGUUUUCAAAAUAUGGAUAGUUGGGGAAGACACUAAUUCUUUUUUAUUUUCAUUUAGUCGAGAGUAAUUCGAGCAAGGCAAGUGUCCAUUAUUUAUUCUGACUCUUGUAGUCUGAAUACCAAGUGUAUAAGACUCACCUGAAAAUAAUAUAGCCAAUUUGUAGGUAAUCUUAUUCCUUUGUGGUUUUUUAAACGCACAUCUACCUCUUCCAGCUGUUGUAAGUUUUCUCAAGUCUGUGCCUAUGAAAUCUCAUCCAACUUUUGAUUAUUCAUGGGUUGAUUAUCCACUUUAUGAGUUAUUUGGCUUUUUGCUGCCAUUAUACUAUUGCACGGUCUUGUCUGCAUCAAACAUUGCGUAUCAGCAGCUUUUGAGAAAGAGUUCAAUGGGUAGAGGAGAUUGAAGCUAAUGUACGAUAAUUUACUGGCAGUGGAACUCUGGAUUUCAUUGACCUCUCUCGUUCUUUCUAUGACUAUAGAUAAGAGUGUCACCUAGUACUUAACUAUCCCUUCUCUGAGCAAAUCCUUUAGCAGAAAAAAACAGUCGAACCACCAACACCCAACUCUCAUGGUGCAUUUAAAAUGUGAUUCCACUUUUCUUAGAAUUCUUCAGGGAACAUACCUGCAUUAAGUGAGGUGAAAUGCAUUCAGGAGGUCGUUUCUCGUGUCUGGUUUUAGAAUAAUAGUAUUUCUUCAGCAAAUCCUGUGAACUGUGGUUCACCCUUGAAAAUGUUAAUCUGAAGACUCCUCCUACCAGCUUAUUAAUGAUGGUGGAGGCAAGUGUAUCAGUUGUUUCGUAGGGAGUUUGGUCAAGUUCAGGCUGCCCUUUACUGAGCAAAACCUGGAGCAGCUUGACUAGAUUAAAUCUUGAGCUCUGAGUUGGAAGGAGAAGAUGAGAAGUUAACCCCUUGAGCCAUGUGGUCUCUUCAAGAUCAAGAGGCUGUACAUAUGUGAAAAAGUACAAAUUAAGAACGUGUGUUCAUAGACAAUCUGAACUGUGUCUCUGAAGUUUGUGCACAUUUUCCUUCUCUGUAAUGUUAUUUUACAGCUAUUUGUUAAAAUAGUGAAUAAUUUAAUGAUCCUAAAAGUAACAGGUCUUGUGUGAGUGUGUGAUUGUGUAUGUGAGAAUUGCCUUAUUUUCAGGUGGUUUUAUUUAAUGAUGGUUCCUUGGACAGCAUUCUGCUGUUCAGCAACCAACAUGGAAUAUUUGUCAUUAAAUCCAUAUCCGUCUUUUACCAUGUCAUUCUUUCUUCUUUAUUUGUCACCCAUUAAAUGUCAUUCAGUUCAAUCUAUGGAAGAAAUGUUCUGGUAGAAAGGGAUCAGCAAACUACCAAAUCCAGACUGCAUCUUUUUGUAAAUAAAAUUUUAUUGGAAUACAGUCAUACCAGUACAGCCGUGCUUACGUUUUGUCUAUGGCUGCUUUCACACUGCAACGGCAAGGUUGAGUGACAGGGGCAACAUGGCCCAUCCUAAGAUAUUUACUGUCUGGAUCUUUACAGAAAAAGUUUGCUAACUUCUGUUAGAACGUUCAGGUGGAUCCUAGAUCAUCCAGGAACUGGCUAAUGUCCAAACCGUCUGCCCAUGUUGACCAGUAAUUCAGCACAGCACUUUGCACUAAUGUGGUUUGAGGUGUUGGAAAUGUGUUACUGUUAUACCAUUGGUAUUAAUUUCCAAAGAUCUGUGUCUUUGUUCCUUGCAACAAUCAAUCUGUGGGGAAGUUUGGCUGUG